UAGAGCAGGGCGCGCUCUCGCCCCUAAACGGGGUCGCGCUGAGCUGUGUGCAGAUGUGUCGCAGAUUCGACACGUCCAAGUUGCUGCCAUUAAAUGACCAUCAAACUGUCGGGACUCUAACCCGGCGGUCGUGUUGGAAGCGGGGCACCAGUCCGGCUCUCGGUAGCUCGGAUUGAGGCGAAAAAAAGACGCCACUUUUUGGCAGGUCGGAGACGCGCGCAUUGAUGAUGGAGCUGUCAGCGAUCGGCGAGCAAGUGUUUGCCGUGGAAUCAAUCGUCAAGAAAAGAGUUCGGAAGGGGAACGUGGAGUACCUGUUGAAAUGGAAAGGGUGGCCUCCAAAGUACAGCACCUGGGAACCCGAGGAACACAUUCUGGACCAGCGUUUAGUCCAAGCCUACGAAGAGAAUCUCGUCUUUCCUAGAGAGCAGAGGGACAGAAUGCUGAGUCACAGGAGGAAAGGAUCCAAAGCCAAAAGACUCUUGUUGCAGAAUACAGUCUACACCAUGGACCUUCGCAGCGCUCACAAGACCGCAGACACGCGUCUACCACGUUUACGUCUCUCCCUGACCCACUCGUUGGGUCUGGAGGACGACGACGACGAGGAGGAGGACGACGAGGAGGAAGACGAGGACGACGAGGAAGAAGAAGACGAGUCGUACAGUGGCUGCAGAGGGGCGCGCUGUAAGAGGAGGCCGCAGACCAGAUGCCUUAACUCGAGGCCCGUGAGUCCGUCACAGGAGGACUGGAAAGGCCAAGGAGAGGAAGAAGAUGAAGAAAUGGUCAUGGUAGAAGAUGAGGAGACAACAGAAAAAAGCUCCAGCACGCCUCAAGGUCAGAAGAGGCCGCCCCAGUGGAGCCCCCCUAUUGGCCGAGUGGAGAUGACGGACGCCGUCUGGAAACCCGUCAUCGGUCCGGCAGAGGUGACGGUCACGGACGUCACCCUCAAUUCUCUCACCGUGACGUUCCGAGAGUCACGAGCGGCCAAAGGCUUCUUCCGAGUGUGGGGGCUGGAGGUUUGAACAGUUUGGGUUGAAAAAAAACGCUGAAAACUCGUUUUCAGCGUCAACAUCUCGUCUCUGCUUGUCAACUUACUGACGACUUCCUGUCCAGCCUGUGUCUUGUUUCCAUGCACCCCGGACACGUUGCCUUGAGAGGAAGGGAGGUUAGACACACGUGCACGCGUGUUUCCGAGCACUAAAGCAAAAAACAAAAAAGCCAAUAUGAACGAUGAUAUGUGGGGAUGUUUAUUGUCUGUAAUGCUUAUUUGCACUGAUUGUCUACUUUUCAAUAUGUCAAUAUGGCCGCCUAACACAACAUGAUACCAUUUAAUACACUAGAUCCCUGCUAUCCGUGGGUUAUGAUCCAGGACCCACUACAAUGUGAAUAAUGGACGCCGAUAGCAUCUUGUUGAGUGACUUGUGAAACAGCGCCCUCUGUUGGAUUCAUCAAGUCAUCAAACCACUUUGUAUUAAAGUUACCAUAAAAAAAAAACAAUUUAAAGCACAGAGAAUAAAUCUGUGAAUAUGCGGGGAUCUACUGUAUUGCUCUACACUCCCCAUAUCGAUGCUCUUAACGGCACCCGUGGCGGUCACACUUUUAAAGGGAACACAAAGAGUUUUGAAUGUAGUAAAAAAGUACAGGAACCUAAAGGAAUAUUGCACUAGAAGACCUACUGUAUAAUGAAGUUUAUUGCACUGAUGGACUAUCACUGUUGUAUGUUUUAACGCAUGUAGGGCGGGGGUGUCCAAACUGCAGCCCGGGGCACAUUCGUAAAACAUAAUUUAAUAAGAAAGUUGAAAAAUUAUAAGAAUCUGUAGUAAUUUUCCUCAUAAUAAACAAUUGAAAUCUAGCAAGAAAAAGUCACAAUUUUACAAGAAUGAUGUAGUAGUAAUAUAAGAAUAAAAUAACUUAAUUUAUUAGCAUAUAGAAGGUUAUUUUAUAGAGAAUAUCAAACAAAACAAUCACAAUGUAAUGACAAUAAAUUCCAAAUAUUACAGUAAUGAAGUCAAAACUUAACAGAAGAAAAUGGGUUGAAAAAGUUGUAAACGUAAAGUGGAUCUAUCAUGCUCAUGUUCACUUGUGGACUCCUCUAGAGCAGCGAAACACAAUAACCCACACACAAAGCUUUCUAGAUCUUCCAGAAUCUGCACCUAUCCCAGCGUUUUUUCCUUGGAUUUCCGAAACGGUCUGUUUAUUUAUCGAGUUUGCAACUCAAAACAAAGAAAAUGAGCAUGGCAGGUCCCCUUUAAGUUAAGUAAUAAUGAAUUAAGACUUAAUAUAAAGACCUAAGUUGUUGGUGAAGACAAGACGUGUGCUCAUAUAAGUACAUAACGCUACCGUUGUCCCUCGUGUUGUACAUGAAAGUACAGUACUGAUGUGUAGUGUAUUGUAGUUUAACUUAGACACAUACUCCAUCUACUGACUACACGCUUCACGUUUCGGCAACCAUUUUAUCAUCUCAAGGGACAAAUCUAGUAUGGACAUGAAACUUCAGAGUAGUCAGUGUACAGCUUGUACAGUAGAGAUGUACCGUGAUCUUAAAAGUAAGUGAACCCACCGCAAUUGUUGGCUAAAUAGCUGGCGACACAAGUGAGUACAAACCCCAGUAUUUUUUGUCACCUUCACUUUGGGCUUCUUUAGCGAAGUACAUGUGGCCCAGUUUCAAGUCUUAGUACUUGUUGUUAACUCGGUGAACCAGUCCCGGCAGCACUCAUGCAGCCCACGGCGACAGGAUGAUCUUGGUACUCGCUUGUGUUGGCAGCUAUUUAUACAAUAGUGGCUGUGUGAUCACUUAUUGUCAAUGGAUAGUGUAUCUCUACUAGCUGGGAUUGAUGCUGUGGCAAUGCAGGUGCAUGCCGUCACUGUUCUACACUGUUCUACACUGUUCUACACUGUUCUACACUGUUCUAUACUGUUCUAUACUGUUCUACAAAUAAGAUAAAACUGCAUUCUCCUGCAGAAAAGUUACAACUUGGAUUUUCCUCUGUAUCUUGGAUCACUUCUUCUAGCCCGACUGAAAGGACACAAGGACAUCAACAAGUGGAUGCGUUACCCGUCUCACGCAGCGACGUCCCAAAACUGCAGGGAAUGGAAGCGAAGUGCCUGAUGUCACACUUUUAUCGUAUUACUGACGUAUUUAAGACUUGAAAUAAUGCGGAGAAUUGACGUACGGAAAAGGGGACACACACACACACACACACGUGUUUUGCUGUCUUUAUUUUUCUACAAUAAACUGAAUGUAUAUUUAUUCUUUUGGAGUGUGUACGUGUCACACGGGUGACAAAGCAAGAGUAGUUUUAUACCGUUUGUGAUCACGUGAUCCCAUGACUGCUAUAGUAUACUAUACUGUACCAUGCUGUCAUACGUCGCACUUUACUGUCAUGUAAAGCUGAACAUUGAAACGCUCCAGUUGCACCGAGGCUCAGUCUGGUGACAACUUUUCUGUGGUAACACUAAAAAAAUAAAAUAAACGUGGCUCGUGCUUCAUAUUUUCAUGUUCAUUCAAU